AUGAAGACACCGGGCGCCGGACCAGGACUGGCCGGCGCCGUUCUUUUCCUAUGCCUGUGCCUCGGGCUAAAGGCAGAGGUUUGUCCGACGGACAAAACGGACACAACCAAGCCCAAGUCGCCAAAAGAAGUGAUGAAUCAGUUGUUGCUCAAACCCAAAAGUUGCCCCGAUUUCAAGGAUUCUGCCGAACAAAAACACUGCUGCCCAUCCAGGAUUACAUAUGGCACUUAUUAUUGUUGCACGUCGGAACAGCUACAGGAAAUUGAAGCUGAGAUUAGUGCUGAGAAGAGGAGAGAGUUUUUGAAAAGGUAAUUUUGCUGAUUUUUUAAAUUUUUUUUUAAAUUUAAAUUUUUUUAAAUUUAGUAAUUCUGAUUUUUUUAGUUAAAAUCUUUUGAAAUUUUAUAAUUUUUGGGAAAGUUAGAGCUAUAACACGUUUAGUGUAUAUUAAAACGAAUUCAUAGUAAUCGUCAGUAGAUAGAGAAAUAGUGUAGCUAGGACAAAGCAAAAGUAGCGCGAAGUUAAAGAAAGGUUAGGGAAAGACAAGGGUAGGGUGGAGUAAUUUUGGAUAGAAUAAAGUAAAUAAGAUAGGGUAGGAUAGAGUGGGCUAAGCUAGGCAAGAUUAGAAUAGGGUAGGAUAGGAAAUAUUCUUUGAAAGGGCAGGGCAAGGCAAGGCAAAGACAAAGGCAAAGCAAGGGUAGUGUAAUGUAAGAGUAGGGUAUAUAAAUGAACAUCCUUUCUGUUUUUACUUUAACUUUUUAAUAUACUUAAAGUUUUAUGUAAAGUUUUGUGGCCUUCUAGCGAUCUUAAUUUAGACCUUUGAGCAUGGGAAAUUAAGCUAAAAGACCCAGUACGUACACAUUUUCUUAAAAAUAGUUUUUCCCUUUUUUAAUCAGCCACUAUAAAGUUUAAAACGGCAAAAACUUGUUCUUUUUGACCUUUUCUGUAAUAAAAUUUUGAAAAAUCUCAUGUUUUGGCGUUUGUAAGUAUCAGUAUUGUCAGACGUUUUUUAAGUCAUCUUUUUCAAGACACAAAAUUUGUGACAAAAUCUGUUUUGAGAUUUGAUUAGAGUCAGGGCCUCUGAAAAAAGGGUCCCAUGGGACUCGGAAAUUCAAUUCUGAAUUCUUUUACAAUGCCCUUUCUUGGCGUGCUUCCGCCAAUUUGUCAUUGGAACGUUGACAAUCACUUUUACUGAGUUAGCGAUAAAAAUAGCCAAAAUUUGCAUCAAUUUAAAAUGUUCAAAAUUUUUAAAUUUCAAAUUUUUUUGAAUGGGUUAGGGUAGGGUAAAAUUUAAAAAUGAAGUUUUUAUUCACAAUUUUUCAGAAACUUGGCUAUCAUCAUUGUAUUCACAAUAGCCAUUGCAAUAUUUUGUUUGGUAGUACUAUCCAUGAUUUGUCGAAAGUACCAUUGGUGCCCAUUGAAUGACCAAAAGGAUGUUUGUAAGUAAAAUACGCCUACUGUAAAGUUAAAAUUUUUAAAAAAUUUUAAUGCAGUUACUAUUAGGUUGUUCAAAUAAUUCUGUGUUUCUAACUAUACAAUUUGUUUUGAAAGGGGGCACAGAAUUAGUUGAACAACCUAAUAGAACUUGAAGUGAUAAAAAAAAUUUAAAAUCUUUUCCAGACUCUCAAUCCGGUAGCUUCCCAGCCUCAGGGUCGCAUUCAGCGCUAGGAUCAAGGUAUUAUCGACCGGUCGAACAAGCACCACCAAUUUCACAUCGAAAUUCGCAGGCAUUUGCACAGUCAUUGAGUAUGACACUAAAUCAGAAUAAACCGCAUCAAACACCUUGGGUUGAUGGUAAGUACUUGAAUAUAUUAGGUGCCGACAUAAAGAACCAGCCAUUUUUACAGGAAAUCACAGGAAAAUUAUGGCGGGUUCUACAUGUCGGCACUUAUUAUUUUGAAGUGAUAAAACUUUUUUGUUUUAUAGUUAUGAUAAGAAUAGAUUAUAAUAAAGCAUUACGUAAAGGAUAGGGAAGGCCCAGAGCAAGGAUGGGGUUUGUGGCUUUGUUUGCUUUAGAUAGAGCACAGGCAGAGAAAAAACAGAAGGCACCUGCAAGGCAAAGCAAAGAGAAAUUUUAGAGAAAGGGUAGAUCAUAAGAUAAAGCAACUUCGUUAGGGUAAGGUUAGAGCUAGGGCUUAGAGCUAGAACUAGAGCUAGAACUAGAACUACAGUUAGAGUUAGAGCUAAGGCUAGGGCUAAAGAUAGGGCUAGAACUAGAACUAGAACUAGAACUAGAGCUAGAACUAGAACUAGAGUUAGAGGUAUAGCUAGAGCUAGAACUAGAGCUAGAGGUAUAGCUAGAGCUAGGACUACGGAUAGGGCUAGAACUAGAACUAGAACUAGAGUUAGAGCUAAAGCUAGAACUAGAACUAGAGCUAGAGGUAUAGCUAGAGCUAGAACUAGAGUUAGAGCUAAAACUAGAACUAGAGCUAGGGCUUGUAGGCCUUUUAUACUUCAAGUUAAAACACUUGUAUUAAAGCCACUAUUUAUCACUGCUGGCUGAAUGCUCGUAUUUUACAAUGUUUUUUAGCCCCACCACCAUACGAUUCGAUACGGCAUCAAGCUCCCAAUGGUCCAACGCCAGCACAACGACAACAUGACUUUAAUUGUAUAAUGGAAAACCAACUGAACCAGAUGCGAGACUCAAAUCCCCAUCUGGAUUCUUAA